AUGCAACAACUGCAUCGGAGGCUUCUCUCUGUUGCGGCAAGAGAAAGUAAACCGAAACGAUCGUUAGAUAUUGCCAUAAACAAGGGAUCGUAUGGGAUAACGAUAGAAGAACUUGAUGCUCUGAGCAGUAAGCGAGAUAUUUCGGAAUUGGAAUAUACUUAUGGAGGAGUUAAAAACAUUGCAAAAUCGCUCGGAACAGAUAUUGAUCAAGGAAUUAAUAGCCUGCAAGUUGAAGAACGAAGAAUUUAUUUUGGAAAACAUUUAAGCUCUCCUAGACGAACGAAUUCUUGGUUUAAAUUAUUUAUUGAUUGUUUUAGACAGCCGUUCGUGACUACUUUCUUUAUUCUGGCGGUGUUGUCUAUCCUUUUUGGAGUGAGCUUGCCCGAAGACCAGUCACAACGACAAAAAGGGUGGAUUGAAGGCGUUUCUCUUUUGUUUGGAUGUUUAUUUGUUUGUUUAGCAAAUAGUUUUAACGAAUGGCAAAAAAAAAGAAAAUGGAACGAAAUUUAUACGAAACAAGACAGCGAAUAUAGAGUGAAUAUAAUUAGGGAUGGAAAACUUUGUUCGCUGCUAAUGGAAGAUAUUGUUGUUGGUGACGUUAUUCAACUCGAACCCGGCGAUUUUAUUACAUGUGAAGGAAUUAUCAUUGAAUGUUACAAUUUAAUUUGUGAUGAAAAUUUAUUUGUUGGACAACAAGAAAUGACCCUCAAAGAUGUGAAAAGAAAUCCAUUCAUUUCUUCAGGAACGUUUGUGACAAAUGGAUAUGGAAAAAUGCUCGUAACAAAUGUUGGACUACAUUCCAAAUACUUUGAGUUUUGUUUCAACACAAUCAAUGAAGAGGAGGAUGGAAAUAAUUCAGCAUUAGAAACUCGAUUAGCGAAAAUUGCCAACAAUAUUUGGAAAAUUUCACUUGGAUUUUCGAUUGGAACAUUUGUCGUACUCUUUGGAGGUUGGAUGAUUUUCAAAAUUGUCUCUUCUUCUACGAACACUUCCUCAUGGGAUCAAACUGAUCUCAUUACAUUUUUGAAAAUUUUCUGCCUUUGCUUUUCCGUAUUAUUUGUAUGCACUCCAGAGGGAAUCUACAAAAUUAUUACCACAUCACUUGCCUACUCGACUCGAAGGACAAUUAAGGAUAACAUUCUAUGCAGCUUUCAUCAAACACCAGAUGUGUGUGAAAGACUCAGUUAUACCUCCCAGGUCAUUGUUGACAAGUCUGUCCUUACACAAAAAAAUAUGAAUGUUGUAAAAGUUACCAUUGCUGGAGAGACUAUUGAAAUGAAUGGAGAAAACCAAAUUGAUGAGACCCUGUUACAAAUAUUGUCCAGUGCAAUUGCUGUCGAUUCGAGAGCAACUCUCAAAUAUUCAGAACAUCUUGAAAAUUAUGAAGGAAUUGGAGAUCCCCUUGACUGCUCACUUUUAUUAUUUUUACAGCAAGUAGGAGUUGAUUAUGCGCCAAUACGAAAUUAUUACCACAAAGAACACAAAGUUGUUAAAAUGUUUCCAGUCGAGAACGGUACAAUGACUACCAUUGUCAACAAUGGUAAAUCUCACAUCAUUUUCACGAAAGGUGACUAUGAACGUAUUAUUCAGGCCUCUUCAGGUGAGUUACUGAAAGAAGGAAUAGUGUCUCCGUUAGAUGCAACAAAAAAGAGUGAGCUAGUGGACAAAAUGCACCGCUACUCUUCAGAAGGUUAUUACGUCAUUGCACUAGCAUAUCGAGAAAUUGAGGCAGAUUGUUCAGAUUGGACCUUUCUUUCUUCCGAGUACGAAGAAGAUUUUGUGAUUAUUGCCUUGAUGAUCUUAAUUGAUCCCAUUAAGCCAGGAGUUCAUGAAAGUAUUGCCGAGUUGCACAAGGCAGGUAUUACGGUGAAGCUUGUCACCAGUGAUAACACCCAUAUUGCAAGAAAAAUAGCCACAGAAUGUGGUAUCCUAUCCAAUACGCAAGACAAUGAAGGUUUAAUCAUGGAGGGGCCUUCCCUUAGACAUUUGAUCGAAGAGGAUGUAGAAAAAAUUUCUAAAAAUCUUCGUGUCCUUUCCAAAGCCAACCCUUACGAUAAGCUUCGACUCAUCACGUGCUUGCAACGAAGAGACGAAUUUGUCACGCUCUUUGCCUCUUCCUACAAAGACUUAACUGCUGUUCAAUGUGCCAAUGUUGGAGCAGUUCAAGGCAUUAGCGGCUCUCACUCCACAAAAAACAAUUCAGAUUUGCUCAUUACCGAUGAUAAUCUGUCAUCAUUGGUGCGAGCCAUUGCAUGGGGAAGAGCUCUGUUUUACAAUAUUCAAAAAUACCUCGUCUUCCACAUGACCAUCAAUAUUGUGGUCAUGAUUUUUACAGCUGCAACUGCUCUUACCUCCUACCUUUUGACACCAACUCAGUUACCUCCUUUCAAUCCAGUUCAACUGUUCUGGGUGCACAUCAUUAUGGAUAUUUUUGCUGCCUUAUCGUUGGCUUCUGACCCACCUCCAAGUGAAAUUAUGACACACCUUCCCACAAAACCAAAACAUAGCAUUGUCACCAAGAAUAUGAAACUUCACAUUAUUGGACAAAUUAUUUAUCAAUUGGUUGCUCUAUUGGUCCUGCACUACGCUGGUCGAUAUAUGUGUAUUCACGAUCAACAGGCCAAUAAGAUUUGUCUGUGUGAUCCAACGCCUCCUUCAACAAGUCCAAGUACCAUUAGCAUGACACAAGUGAGUUACACCAUUGUAUUCAACGCUUUUGUGUUUUGCCAAAUAUUCAACCAAUUCAAUUGCAGAAGAAUUAACAAUGAGUGGAACUUGUUCAAAAGUAUUCACAAAUCUCUCAUGUUUGUGGGUCUUUUUGCACUCACUGUAAGUUUUCAAGUGUUAUUGGUACAAGUUGGACUUGCAAAUUUGGUACCUUUGACUUGGUAUCAAUGGCUGGUGAGUGUUGGAGUUGGACUAUUGUGUAUUCCUGUUGGAUAUUUAUUGAGAUUCCUUAGUUCAAAUAUUAUCAGCAGUAACAAAUUUAAACGAGGAAUGAAUAGAAUAAGAAAUCGUGUGGUAGGAGCUCGUCAUUGA